AUGACCGCGCACGCACGGUCGAUGCAGCACGUGGCCUGGCACCCUGUCCCCAACCCCAGCGAGCUCAAGAGCGGUAUGCCACCGUCUCUCGACCUCCUGGUAGCUCUCUGGCGCACGGAACAACCGGGCCGUGCCGCCGAUGAACUCUCAAACAUAACCACAACGAAGCUCGGGCUCAGACCUCGGCGGAACCAACAACAACCCGCCGCCUCGGCCUCCGCGGCCCCGACCCCACUCAUUCACAUACCACAAUGCCGCCUUGAGAUCACAUCCGGCGACGAGCUUUUACCGAUAGGUGCCAGCUCGGCCUCCUUCUCCGGGGGUAUGCUGGAGCGAGUGGCUCUUCCAAAGUCGCUUGUGCAGCCCUUCCUGUCUCGCCUUCCUCUGCCCCACGGCGUCUCGGCAGGCGCUCCUCACUUUGACGAUGACGACGAGUGGGUGUAUUCGCGGUGUUUGCUGUCAGACUUCACUGAGAUGGGAGAAGAAGGCGCUGCUGUCCUGUCGCAGCAGGGUCGCCUAUGCUGCUGGGCCAGCGUCGUGCUCAUGAGGUACGCCGUGGACGGCGGCGGCCACGACAACACCGAAGCACACUGGGAUCUCGGUUUCAUCGUCCACAGGGUUCUCACCAGACGAGACCCCGACACAACGCUCUGCCCCUGCGUACUUGGCGAAUAG